CAGCGGCGGCGGCGGCGCGGGCGCGUGGAGGGGGCGGGCGCGGGCGGGAAGAUGGCGACGGAGCGGCCGGAGGGGGCCGCGGGCCCCGGCGCGGGGGAGCUGCCGCCGCCGCCGCCGCCCUACGCGGCCUGGGCCCCCGCCGAGCUGCAGGCCACGCUGGCCGACAUCGGCGCCCCCGCGCAGGGCAGCCGGGAGGAGCUCGUGGAGCGGCUGCAGACCUACACGCUGCAGACAGGCAUCGUGCUGAGCCGCCCAGUGCUGCGGCCGGAGGAGGGUGACAAGGGGGGGCAGCCGCCGCUGCCCGGGCAGCUGCCCGGCCUGGCCCUGCAGCACCCGCCGGUGGCCAUGGUGCCCCCCGGCAUGGCCAUGAGCUACCCGAUGGGCGUGGGGGUGCCGCCGCCGCCCCCCCCGGGCCUGGGCCCCCCGCCCCUGCGGGUGCCCCCCGGCGAGGGGGGGCUGCGGGGCCCCCCCGGGGGGCACCCCGGGGUGCCGGCGGGCGAGCCGGGCCUCUCCGAGGACGAGCGGCUCAAGCUGGCGCAGCAGCAGGCCGCCCUGCUGCUGCAGCAGGAGGAGCGCGCCAAGCAGGGCCAGCACCCGUUCGGGGACAAGGCAAAGGAGCAGGAGCUGCUGGAGCAGCAGAAGCGGGCGGCGGUGCUGCUGGAGCAGGAGCGGCAGCAGGAGCUGGCCAAGAUGGCGCCCGCCGUGGCCCGGCCCCCCCAGGAGCUGGCACCCUUGGGUGCCCGGCCCGCCAUGGCGCCCCGAGGCAGCGCACCCAUGGGUGCCCCCAUGCCCGGCAUGCCCAUGGGCGCCCCCCGCCCCCGCGGGCCCCCCCCGCCCCCCGGCGAGGAGAGCCGAGAGCCGGACGACUCCACCGUGGGCCCGAAGAUCCCCCAGGCGCUGGAGAAGAUCCUGCAGCUGAAGGAGAUCCGCCAGGAAGAGCUCAUCACUGUGCCCGGCCUCUCGGCCGACGACGAGAUGGAGACGGACUCGCGGGCCUCGCUCAGCGUCUCGGCCUCCGAGGCCGAGGACGACGCGGCGCUCUCCAAAAAAGAGCGCAACCGCAAGCGCCGCAACCGCAAGAAGAAGAAGCGGGCGCGGGCGCCGCGCGACGGGGCCCCCCCGGCCGCCCGCGAGGCCCCGGCGAGCGCCGAGGCCGAGGUGGAGGUCGAGUACGUCACCGAGGAGCCCGAGAUCUACGACCCCAACUUCGUCUUCUUCAAGAGGAUCUUCGACGCCUUCAAGCUCACGGAUGACGUGAAGAAGGACAAGGAGAAGGAGCCGGACAAGGCGGACAGGCAGGAGAACGCGGCCGCGCCCAAGAAGAAGGGCUUCGAGGACGGCCAGAAGGGCAGCGAGGACGACAGCUCGGAGGAUGAGCAGGAGAAGAAGCCCGAGGUGCCCAAGCUGUCGAAGAAGAAGCUGCGGCGCAUGAACCGCUUCACCGUGGCCGAGCUGAAGCAGCUGGUGGCCCGCCCCGAUGUGGUGGAGAUGCACGACGUGACGGCGCAGGACCCCAAGCUGCUGGUGCACCUCAAGGCCACCCGCAACUCGGUGCCCGUCCCCCGGCACUGGUGCUUCAAGCGCAAGUACCUGCAGGGCAAGAGGGGCAUCGAGAAGCCGCCCUUCGAGCUGCCCGACUUCAUCAAGCGCACCGGCAUCCAGGAGAUGCGCGAGGCCCUCCAGGAGAAGGAGGAGCAGAAGACCAUGAAGUCCAAGAUGCGGGAGAAGGUUCGGCCCAAGAUGGGCAAAAUCGACAUCGACUACCAGAAGCUCCACGACGCCUUCUUCAAGUGGCAGACCAAGCCCAAGCUCACCAUCCACGGCGACCUCUACUACGAGGGGAAGGAGUUUGAGACGCGCCUCAAGGAGAAGAAGCCGGGCGACCUCUCGGACGAGCUGCGCAUCGCCCUGGGCAUGCCCGUGGGGCCGAGCGCCCACAAGGUGCCCCCACCCUGGCUCAUCGCCAUGCAGCGCUACGGGCCCCCCCCCUCCUACCCCAACCUCAAGAUCCCCGGCCUCAACUCCCCCAUCCCCGAGGGCUGCUCCUUCGGGUACCACGCCGGGGGCUGGGGGAAGCCGCCCGUGGACGAGACCGGCAAGCCGCUCUACGGCGACGUCUUCGGCACCAACGCCGCCGAGUUCCAGACCAAGGCGGAGGAGGAGGAGAUCGACCGGACGCCCUGGGGCGAGCUGGAGCCCUCGGACGAGGAGUCCUCGGAGGAGGAGGAGGAGGAGGAGAGCGACGAGGAGAAGCCCGACGAGACGGGCUUCAUCACGCCGGCCGACAGCGGCCUCAUCACCCCCGGCGGCUUCUCCUCGGUGCCCGCCGGCAUGGAGACCCCCGAGCUCAUCGAGCUGAGGAAGAAGAAGAUCGAGGAGGCCAUGGAUGGCAGCGAGACCCCCCAGCUCUUCACGGUGGUGCCCGAGAAGCGCACGGCCACCGUGGGCACCGCCAUGAUGGGCUCCACCCACAUCUACGACAUGUCGGCGGUGAUGGGCCGCAAGGGCCCGGUGACGGAGGCGCAGGGCGUGGAGGUGGCCCUGGCACCCGAGGAGCUGGAGCUGGACCCCACGGCCAUGACGCAGAAGUACGAGGAGCACGUGCGCGAGCAGCAGGCCCAGGUGGAGAAGGAGGACUUCAGCGACAUGGUGGCCGAGCACGCCGCCAAGCAGAAGCAGAAGAAGCGCAAGGCCCAGCCCCAGGACGCCCGCGGCGGGGGCAAGAAGUACAAGGAGUUCAAGUUUUAGCUGUCCCCCCCGUGUCCCCGAGCCCGCGUCCCCGAUGCCACCGUGUCCCCGACGCCCGUGGCAUCUCCAACGCCGCGUUUUCCCCGAUGCCGCCACCGUGGUGUCACCACCGUGGUGUCACCUCCCACCGUGGGUUUUUUUUUUGUAAAUAAAGAGCCGGGGAGCCCCCGGCGUCACCCGG